AUGGGCCAGCAGUGGGCAAUUCUUGACCUCGGCUCACGUGGGGUUAUAGGGGGCGAUGGCAAGUUGGGAGAGUGGUUCUGGCGUGGAGACCCGGGGAUCAUGGAGACCCUUCGAGUCCCUCAGACAGACCUGAAGAUCGAUGCGAUGCUGCGGGGCGUUGUAGCGGAUCAACGGGCUUCUCCCUUACUGCGCCUACCCGCAGACCUCUUCGAUCCUGUCCUCAAAGAGCUUGUGGGUGUAGACGACGAGAAUAUCUACUCCGCCUUCUGCCUUGCGGUCACCUGCAAAGCUAUCCUGUCGCUAUCCCGAAAACUGAUCAUCUCCCGCCAACGAGAAUAUCUCCACUUUCGCGCCGGACACCGUAUCAUCUGCGUCGGGGAAUACGCUCAGCAUCCUUCGCAGCUUCCUCCGGGGAUGCUCACUGCCGAAGAAGAACAAGAGCUUUUGAGCUUCGAGUCACACGACCUAGAACGUCCGCCUGCCCUUUUGAAGUACGCGGCGGAGUGCUUCUCAUCCUUCGACAUCUUGUCGCGGUACCGGUAUCCACUACACAGGGUGUUCAAUGGAUCAAGGCCUCGGACCCCGCCACACUGGUUCCCCAGUGAUUGGGCACUGAUUUGGGAUGUGGGCUCUGGCUACUACCCGAAGGACCGGCCCUGGGUACUAUGCAACCGCACGAAGCACGAGUACGUUCGCGAGCAGGCUGCUACGCAGCUGUGCGAGAGCCUUCUCGGGUAUCGGCGACGUGACUGGGACCGGCUCGAGUUUUGGCACUUCCUACUCGCGAGUAUCUGCUGGUCGCCGGAUGAUUCAAUCUCCAUGCCGUAUGACGACGACCCCGAGAAUGCAUAUGGCAACCACGAAGAUGGUGAUCACGACGCGCAGGCCAACGACGCAGACGGUCGGAAGAGGGACCGCCCCUUGACACGGGGCCGCUGGGCUGGGGAUCGUUUCGCCAUCACGCUGCUUGAAGGUCUAGCUGCGCAGGGCAAGGGCUCGUGGAAGGAUAUCACGGAUGAGGUCGGUGAACUGGUCACACGAGUAUGGAAGGCGGAGUAUGACAAGUAG